UUGUGGAAAGCGGAUUUGGCGAUAUACGAGAGGUCGAUACGGUUCAACCAGAAUCGUCCCUUCCAGAGUGAUCAGAAGAGGCUCUAUGCAUCAUUGGAGCGACCAAUAGUAAGUGGAACGGGCCCAGCACCGAAUCAGGCCGACACUGUAGCAUUCUGGCGCGGCCUGUGGUCAGAGCCCGUAAACCACAGCGAGGGCCCUUGGACGGAAGUUGUGGCGAGUCAGUGUGCGGGUAUUACGCCCAUGGACCCCGUCAUCAUAACACCGGAUGACGUAGCUGAGGCGGUCCGUAGGGCCCCGAACUGGAAAAGUCCGGGCUUGACGGGCUGCAUCACUACUGGCUGA